AUGGACCAGGCUGUGGUGGUUCUAGAAGCUGGAGCAGAAGUGGAUGCCUCUGCUCCUGAAGUUAUGGUAGAAGUGCCCAGAUAUGUUGGUGCCCUGUCAGUGGUGACUACCCCCUUGAAGCCCCCAAUUGUUGCUAUGCCUAUUCAUUCCCUUCCAGGUUCAUCUGCCGCGGCCUCCUUUGCUGAUCCAAAACUGGCAGAAUUUGAAGCCCUGGACUCAGAUGCCCAACUAGACAUAUUGGAAAUGCUUAGCUCUCCUGUAGGUAAGGCAAAAUCCAAGGCAGUGAAGAGGCUAUGGAAAGGCUGA